ACACUGCUAUCGAAAUGACAAGAUGGCACGUCAGCAGCAAGCAGACGUCGACGAACUUUUUGACGUGAAAAAUCACUUUUAUAUUGGCAAUUAUCAGCAAUGUAUCAACGAAGCGCAAAAAAUCAAGUCAACUUCGCCGGAGGUGGCAAUGGAGCGAGACGUAUUUCUUUACCGUGCUUACAUAGCACAACGGAAAUUUCGUGUUGUACUAGAUGAGAUUAAUAACUCAUCACCGAUGGAUUUGCAACCGCUUAAAAUGUUGGCAGAUUACUUUGCAAAUCCCAGCCGCAGAGAAGCAAUAGUUAUGGAGUUACAAGAGGCAACAAACCGUGCUAAUUAUGAUAAUCAUAACUUCUUGAUCGUUGCUGCAACCAUCUACUAUCAUGAGAAGAAUUUAGAAGCAGCUCUUAGGAUACUUCGCAAUGUUGAUCAUUUAGAAUGUCUAGCUUUAACAUUGCAAAUUUAUUUAAAGAUGGAUCGAUUAGAUCUGGCAAAGAAAGAAUUGAAAACAAUGCAAGAGAAAGAUGACGAUGCUACAUUAACUCAGUUAGCACAAGCAUGGCUUAACAUAAGCAGUGGAGGUGAUAAGUUGCAAGAUGCUUACUAUAUAUUCCAGGAAAUGAUAGAUAAACAUUCCAGUACAAGUAUGUUGUUGAAUGGACAAGCUACUUGUUUCAUCGGGCAAGCAAAGUAUGAAGAAGCUGAAACAGCCUUACAGGAAUCUCUAGACAAAGACAGUAAUAAUCCUGACACUUUAAUCAACAUGAUCGUUCUUUCACAACAUAUGGGAAAACCACCUGAAGUCGCUAAUCGCUAUCUAAGUCAAUUGAAAGAUUCCCAUUUGGAGCAUCCAUUUGUCAAAGAAUACUUACAAAAAGAGAUAGAGUUUCAAAGGCUCAGAAAGCAAUAUUCUUCGUCCGCCUAAAUGUAUUGAAUCAUAGCAUUUUAUGGAUUAAAUUAAACAUGAGUAUUAAGAGUAAUCUAACGAUACUAAUUCUAGAUACCGAGUGCUAUAAGAUUAGAAUGUUUUUGCAGGGUAUAGCGCACUUCUAUAUCGAUCCAUAUUCUUUAUUAUUCUUCAUGGAAGAAUAUUUCUUUUCAUACAGUUUUGUUUAGUGAUUUUAUACAAAGUUAAAACAUUUCACUUUUACAUAAAAUUUCUACAAUAUUUAUGAUUGGCGAAUAAAAUGAUAGACAAGUAAAAGUAUUUACAAUUUUUACACGUAUAAUUAAGGUAUACGACGAUAUGAUAUUCUACGGAAAAAUUACUUAUUUACAUUAUCUACAAUCUUAAUAAAAUAUCUAGAAUAAUUUCAAAAAAAA